AUGCCACUCAGAAUGCGCUUGUUCAAUGAUGUCAUUUGCAGAUUCGGUGACAACUUCGAUGGUUCACCUGUUAAACUCGACGCUGUUUUGAAGCCUAAAGGAGAAGGGAACCAGUUUUGCAGAGAAGACGGCCAUGGACAAGACUCGCCAUUUACGAUUGAAAUUCCUGCAAAACCGAUGAUGCGACAUCGUACUGCGUUUGACGUCAGACGCGGUCUCUUCUUCGGAAAGCGCCCUGCUGAUGUAGAUCUUACAGUAUCACCAAUACAAGCAGUCAAAAAGGCCAAAGACGUUUCGUCCAUAACUUCAAAAUCCAUCGAACGUUUAACAAACGGGAUCAUCAGCGCGGUCGAAACGCUUGAAACCGGAAAUGACAUGAUCGCUGACGGAUCAAGUAAAUACUCUCUUCCGACCAUUCCCGGAAAGCACCACGACCUGACGGCCAUCUCCCCGGAAGUGAUGGCUGACGUCAUUCGUGGAUGCUUCAAUGACAUUAUAGGUGACGUCACCAUUGUCGAUUGCCGGUAUCCGUACGAGUUCGAGGGUGGGCACAUCAGAGGGGCUGUAAACUUGUACACGAAAGAUGAGGUCAACAGCUUGCUUCAGACACCGCUAUCUAACGACAAGCGUCACGUGCUGAUAUUCCACUGUGAAUUCUCAUCAGAAAGAGGGCCUAAAAUGUACCGGUUCCUGCGCGCGCAAGACCGAAUGUUGAACAGUGAGAGGUACCCGCGCCUGAACUUUCCGGAAGUGUACCUACUCCAUGGCGGAUACAAAGCAUUCUUCAACAAGUAUCAAGACUUGUGUGAUCCAAUCAGCUACAAACCCAUGUUGCAUAAGAACCACUCGGCCGACCUACGUCACUUCCGGGUGAAGUCUAAAUCCUGGACGGGGGAGGACGGCAAUCAGACGACAAGCAGACGACACCGCAGUCGUCAAGGUCGCCAUCUUAGUUUCUGA